AUGGCUAGUGGAAUCUUCAACUCUACCUACUACAACCGGGACUCUAACCCCGGUGCCGCUCUUCUGCGGGCCCGUCGUCCUUAUCUCUUCAAGAACGCCGCCACCGGAGUUGCCCUCGUCGCUUUCACCAUUGGAGUCUAUGCCUACACGAUUAGCGCCGUCGGUCAGGAUGAGUUCUCCGACGUGAAAGUCCCCGAACCCCCCGCCAAGAAGCAAUAA